CAUUUUUAUGCUAUUAAUCUCUUCUGGGUUUGUUGAGAAACCCCCGGAAUUUGAGUUUUAUAGAAAGAAAAAAAAAAGAUUGAAACUUUAGUUCUAGUUCUUGAUUUUUGUUUGAUUUUUCAUCUGGGUUUCUGAAGUUGGUGGUUGACUAUGACAGUGGAGGACCGUUUUCCGGUGGGCAUGCGAGUGUUGGCCGUCGACGACAACUCGACUUGUCUCAGACUUUUGGAGGAGCUGCUUGUCAAAUGCCAGUAUCAAGUUACUACGACGAAUCAGGCAGUCAAGGCGCUGCAAAUGUUGAGGGAAAACAGAAAUAAUUUUGACUUGGUGAUCAGUGAUGUUAAUAUGCCAGAUAUGGAUGGCUUUAAGCUGCUUGAACUAUUGGGGCUCGAAAUGGACCUGCCUGUAAUCAUGUUGUCGGGAUAUAGUGAUAAAGAUCUUGUGAUGAAGGGAAUCUCCCACGGUGCUUGUGACUAUUUGUUGAAACCUGUUCGAAUUGAAGAGCUCAAGAACAUCUGGCAACAUGUAGUCCGGAGAAAGAAGUUUUACCCUGAGGACCAAAAUAAGUCUUCCAGUCAAGACAAAGGUUGCCUUGAAGCUGGAGAAGGUGGACGCGCGGUUUCACCAUCUGGUAGUUCAGAUCGGAGUGGCAGAUUCAGCAGGAAAAGAAAGGAGCAAAAUGAAGACGAGGAAGAAGAAGAUGAAGAGGAGGAACACGAGAAUGAGGAAUUGUCAUACCAAAAGAAGCCUCGGGUAGUUUGGUCCAGGGAGCUGCACCAAAAGUUUGUUGCAGCUGUAGAUCAGUUGGGAUAUGAUAAGGCUGUUCCGAAGAAAAUUCUUGACCUAAUGAAUGUUGAAGGACUCACAAGGGAAAAUGUGGCCAGCCAUCUACAGAAGUUUAGGCAAUACCUCAAAAAACUCCGCAAUCCUGCUUUUGGGGUGAGAGAUUCUUCUUACACGCGCAUGGCUGCACUAGAUGGAUUUGGAGAUGCACAGUCCUUAGUUGGAUCACAAAGGUUCUCAAAUGCCGGUUUGUCACCAUACAUACCCAGUAUGAUGCUUGGUAGAUUAAACUCCACUGCUGGUUUGAGCAUACGAGGAACUACUUCCGGACUGGUCCAACCUGGUCACUCCCAGAACUUAAGCAACUAUUUUAAUAUUCCCACGAAGCUCCAGCCAGUUCUGCCUGCAAACCAAAGUCCAAAUGUGUAUCAAACAAUUCCAGCAUCGUUAGAGUUCAAACAAUCGCAACAGAGCAAGUAUAUCACUCACAUUGGCGAGUCCUCUCCCAGUAAUGAUUCAACAAGUUAUGCCAUCCCUUCUAGCUUUCCAGGCGCAAGAGCGUCUGCAAGCUCAAUCUUUUCUGAUUCCAAUGCUUCAAGCAAUCCUUUGAUACUACACGGGACCCCACAACAAACACAUGGCACAGGAGUUGUUGGAAAUCAGUCUUCUCUUGGAGUGGCAUCAUUGAAUCCAGAAUCAUUUGACGUUGGCAUCUCCUCGAAGUUUCUAGAUUACAAUCGAUGUAGUGAUAGCUGGCAGGUUGCAGUUCAGUUAUCUGAUUUUCCGAUGAAUGCAUUGCCAAUGAGCGAGCCUGGCCAUCAUGGUCAGCUACAUGCUAAUAACUUGGGUUUCGCUUCUAAUGGGCCUCAAGUCGCAACUGUUCCAAGUGAUUUUUCAUCUAGUGUACUUUCAGCCCCUGCUGUGGAACUAAGAGGAAGUAUACUGAAUCAGGAAGGCUUGAUUGGAGAUGUUGUGCCGACCAUGACUUGCUCGCCAAGGCAAAUGUGGGAAGAACAUAAGCACGAUUUCAACCACAAUUUCAAUCUAUCUUUCAAUGCCGAUAAUUCCAUGGUUUCUGCCAAUGUUCUUCUCGGACCUGUAGGCCCGAGUUUGGACCAAAACGAUGCAGUCUGCAGUGAAAAAAUGACUUCAUCUUUAUUUGACAUAUUAGAUGGUGUCACUUCACCUGUCAUGCAGCCCAGUGAGUUCCAGAAAUCCGCCAUGGAAACAACGAUGAAUCCCACUGAGGUCUACUCCUGGCAGCAAACAAAGUCACCCGAUGAUGUUGCUCAAAAUACUUACGGACCUUGGAAUGAUGUUAUGACUGCAAUUCUGAAACGGGGACAGAAUGAGAAUGUGUUGUCGACGGAUGGAGAUUUUGGAUUCGAUGCUUGCUCUCCCGGAUCACAGCAGUUUAUUCCUCUAUGAGGAACCAUGUAUCAUUAUGUAAUUUCUUCAUCUCUUCUGUUGCCAUCUUUCAUGUCCGUGCAAAACCUGCAUCUUUUCAAUUCUUGCAUCGUCUUCGCUGUUCUUCGUGGAGUAAUGCGCUAAUGGAAUAAUAAGUUGACGACUUUCCUGUGUA